CAUAAACCGGCGCAGUGUUUAGACUUUACUGAUGUCGUGGCGCUCUGAGGCGAAAAGUUGGUGCUCUGAGGAGCCCUGGGACUGAAGCCGAGGUCGGGUGACCCUGGCCCUUUCCUACCCACUCCUCCUUGCCCGCCUUUUCCUCUCCUGGCAGGAUGAGGCGUGCAGGCCUGGGUGACGGAGCACCUCCUGGCAGCUAUGGGAACUAUGGCUAUGCCAAUAGUGGCUAUAAUGCUUGUGAAGAAGAGAAUGACAGACUCACUGAAAGUCUGAGAAGCAAAGUAACGGCUAUAAAAUCUCUUUCCAUUGAAAUAGGCCAUGAAGUUAAAAAUCAAAACAAACUAUUAGCUGAAAUGGAUUCCCAAUUUGAUUCUACAACUGGAUUUCUAGGUAAAACCAUGGGAAGACUGAAGAUUUUGUCCAGAGGGAGCCAAACAAAAUUGCUAUGCUAUAUGAUGCUGUUUUCAUUGUUUGUCUUUUUUGUCAUUUAUUGGAUUAUUAAACUGAGGUGAUGCAAGUUAGCGUGGGCUUUGAAUUUGCUGCAGUUAAUGUCUUGGGGUACCACUUUGAUAGCCAGCAUCCCAGCAUUCCUAAUGGUCUUCUUCUCCAUUGAAGAUAAGUGGAGUUUUCCUCUUUCAGAAAUCAUACUAUACCAGAUAAUGUUGUGAAUACUCUUCCUUAUUGACUCAUUAUGACUUCCAUUGUCAGGAGUAUUGAGUUAGCUUGAAGUCAAUGUGGCUGUACCUAUCUAUGUUUUUCCAGUGUUUUCCAGUCAGAGUUAAUAUGACCCGGCUGUUACAUAAGUGUAACUUUCUAAAGCAAGUGGAGAGCAGAAGAAUUCCAGAGAACCUGGGAUCAGCUUUUGAGAGGUGGUUGUGUGGUGGUAGAAAGCUCGCUUCUGUUUGUUUGACGUCAUCCUUGUGAUGAUGGGCUCCUUUGCUUGGUACCAUGUAGGUCCAUUUCUUUCCCCCUACAAUUUUCUUAAUACAUUUGUCACAUGAAUUCUUUGUACAAGGACUUCCUUCAGUAAAGUUAUUGACAUAUUUCUACUGGAGCCUAAUACACAUAUGUAUCAACAUAGGUAUUGUUUUAUAUUAAUGAUAAAUUCUACUGACUUGCUUUAUAAUAGUUUCUGAUUUCUAGAUGCUUUGGUGGACCAUUUGAUUAUUAUUUGUCAGAAUAAUGUAAAGUUAAGUGAUUGCUAAGCUCUGACCAGAAAAGAAAUGUCCAAGAUAAUUAAUUGCCUUUGUUUCAUUAUAUGCUCAAAAUUAGUACUGAAAAUAUUUAGGCUUUGAAUCCAGAGUUCAGAAGAUUGUUAUUCAGCUCCAUUUUAUUUGCUUACAGAAAUCAAAACACAAGAUGGAUUUAAGUAAAGAAGAAAAAAACCCUAAAAUAUUGUAAAACACUCUGUAUUGCUCUUACUUUAGAAAUUUGCUUAUUUCUAGGUUCAAAAAUAAACUUUUAUUAAUAUAU